UCAAUUCGCUUAAUUGGAAUGUUGAGAGCAGACCCAUAUUUAUCGUCAAGAGAGGUGGAAAGUGCAUUAGACCAAGCCCAACAAGAAAUGUUUCCAGAAACGAGAACAUUUAUUGAAUUUGCAUUAACAUUUGCUGCAACACUUUGCAAUUUUUUUAAUAUUCUUAGUCCAUUGAAUGUGACUUAUUAA